AUGGGGGCCACCUCUCCUUCAGGCCUGGAGCUCACCAUGGCUGUCCCCGGCCUCAGCUCCUCCUCCGGCUCAGAGGGGUUCGUGUGCAUCGUCAACAACAACAACAACGGUGGCAGCAACGGCAACCUGAACAUGAGGGACCUGGACAUGAACCAGCCGGCGAGCGGCGGCGAGGAGGAGGAUUUCCUGAUGGGCAGCGUGGAGGAGGACGAGGAGGAGAUGAGGGCCGCCGGCGGGCCGCGCCGCCCCAAGAAGCUCCGCCUCUCCAAGGAGCAGUCCCGCCUCCUCGAGGAGAGCUUCCGCCUCAACCACACCCUCUCGCCGAAGCAAAAGGAGGCCUUGGCGAUCAAACUGAAGCUGCGGCCCAGGCAGGUGGAGGUCUGGUUCCAGAACCGCAGGGCAAGGACAAAGCUGAAGCACACGGAGAUGGAGUGCGAGUACCUGAAACGCUGCUUCGGCUCGUUGACGGAGGAGAACCGCCGCCUGCAGCGGGAGGUGGAGGAGCUGAGGGCUAUGCGCAUGGCCCCGCCCACCGUGCUCUCGCCGCACACGCGGCAGCCGCUCCCGGCGUCCGCGCUCACCAUGUGCCCCCGCUGCGAGCGCAUCACCGCUGCCACCAGCCCACGGGUCACCCGCCCGGCCGCCUCGCCGUUCCACCCACGCCGCCCCUCCCCGGCGUUUUAG